CCAAAUCACAAGAGACACAAACACAAAUAGUUUCGUGUGACACAAGUAAAGAGUUUCGUGAGACACAAGCAACACAAAAAGAUGCUUGAAACCGGAGCGAUAUGGGGAUUAACCGGGACGACGGUGACGAGCUUUAUGUUCUUCUGGGCGAUUUACAAACAAUACGUGCCUAACCAUCUCCGAGCCUACGUGGAGAGAUACUUCCACAAGAUGAUUGGAUGGAUCUCUUAUUACGUUCACAUCAAAUUCACUGAGUACACAGAUGAAGGUCUGAAGAGAAGCCAAGCCUACGACUCUAUACGCAACUACUUAGCCUCGAAAUCAACGGCUCUUGCAAAGAGACUAAAGGCCAACGAAACGAAAAACAGCAAAUCUUUGGUGUUUAGUAUGGAUGAUCAUGAGGAAAUUGAAGAUGAGUUCGAAGGUGUGAAGGUGAAGUGGUAUUCGAAUGUUAAAGUGAUUCAACCUCAGUCUAAUUAUGGUCGAAGCAGCUCAGAGGAGAGAAGGUACUUUACUCUUAGUUUCCAUAGGCGACACCGAGGGAUGAUCAUUGAGACUUAUCUUGAUCAUGUUAUGAGAGAAGGGAAAGCUAUUGGGUUGAAGAACAGAGAGAGGAAGCUUUACACUAAUAACUCGAGUCAAGAAUGGUAUCCUUGGAGGUCAGGAAAGUGGAGCAACGUUCCCUUUCAUCACCCGGCGACGUUUGAGACUUUGGCUAUGGAUCCAGUGAAGAAAGAAGGAAUUAAGAAGGACUUGAUAAAAUUUAGCAAAGGGAAAGAUUAUUAUAAGAAGGUUGGGAAGCCAUGGAAGCGCGGUUAUCUCUUGUUUGGCCCGCCCGGGACAGGGAAAUCGACGAUGAUAGCUGCAAUAGCGAAUUUCUUGGACUAUGAUGUGUAUGAUCUUGAGCUAACGACCGUGAAGGAUAACUCAGAGCUGAAGAAGUUGUUGCUGGAUACAACAAGUAAGUCUAUUAUCGUGAUUGAAGACAUUGAUUGCUCGCUUGAUCUUACGGGGCAACGAAAGAAGAAAAAAGAGGAAGAUGAAGAAGAGGAUGGAGAGGAGAAGAAGGAAGCUGAGAAGAAGCCUAAGGUAGAUGAGAAGCAGAGCAAGGUUACUUUGUCAGGGUUAUUAAACUCCAUUGAUGGGUUAUGGUCAGCUUGUAGUGGUGAGAAGAUCAUAGUGUUCACAACAAAUUUUGUGGAUAAGCUUGAUCCGGCAUUGAUACGUAGAGGAAGAAUGGACAACCACAUUGAGAUGUCUUAUUGCAAGUUUGAAGCAUUUAAGGUUUUGGCUAAGAACUACUUAGAGAUUGAAACACACGAUUUGUAUGGAGAAAUCGAGAGAAAGCUCGAAGAAACCGAUAUGUCUCCAGCGGAUGUGGCGGAGACUUUGAUGCCGAAAUCUGAUGAAGAAGAUGCGGACAUUUGCAUCAAGCGUUUGGUUAAGACUUUGGAGGAUGAGAAAGAAAAAGUUAGGAAGUUGGCUGAGGAAGAAGAGAAGAAGAAAGCAGAGAAGGAAGCUAAAAUGAAGAAAAAAGCAGAGGAAACAGAGGAGAAGAAGAAUGUAGAGGAAGAGGAGAAGAAGAAGAAAGCAGAGGAAGAAGAGAAUAAGGACAAAGUGAAGGGAAAGGAGCAAAACGGCGACGUUUCUAAGCAAAAUGGUUCCAAGUAAAAUGAUAUGAACAAAAAAUGUGACGCCUAAUGAAUUUUAGUUUAUUGUGUAAGGUUGUAACUUUGGCAUGGUGUUUCUAAAUAAAUUUUAAAUGCAAAA